GCGACGCUCAGCGGCAUGGGCAUCGGGCUCCCGAUGACGCGGUGCCUCGCGCGCUACUUCGGGGGCGAGCUCGCGCUCCGGCCCCUCGAGGGCCACGGGACGGACGCGUACCUCCACCUCACGGUCCUCGGCGACGAGCAGUGCGAGCACCUGCCGCCCGCGGCGCGGCUCAGC